ACUCUAGUGCAGGGGCGGACUGCCCAUUUGGAAACUUGGGCACUGCCCGAGGGCCCGGGGUCAGUAGGGGGCCCCAUGAGAUGCCCCUGGUACCUUUUUCAUAGGCUUUUUGAGUUUGGGCAAGGACACAGGGGCCCCAUGAUCCCCUAUUGCCCGGGGGCCCCAUGAGUUGUCAGUCCACCCCUGCUCUAUGCCACCCAGUGCUGCCCAGCAGUGCCACCCAUCAGUGCUGCCAAUCAGUGCCCAUGAGUGCUGCCUAUCUGUGCC